CUUAUGACAAGAGACUGAAGGUGUGUUCAUUGCCAUUCAAAAAACCCACUUUGGAUCAUAUUCAUGCCAAAGUUAAGUCCGUUCAGCUGUCUCCUAAUGAUACAUGCGUAGCUCCAAAUCAAAGCUGUGUUUUUGAAUUCCCUUGUCAAUUACGCAAACAGAAGGCAGCGCUACGCUGCGUCUUUGCUCUCUUUGGAUCUAAUUUAUUUGGGGUUUCCGAUUGUCCCUUUACGCACGAAGACAUCGCCAACACGGAGGUCUUUAAGUCGGCGUGAUUAUUGAUAUCCAAUCUGCUCUGGCUGUCUGAUCAGGUUGGACACAUAUCGUGUGUUUCCGAUGCCCAUUUCCCAUCAUUUGGUUCUUCUGCAUGGAUAAGACACGACUGGCGUUCUUCCUUUUGAAUAAUUCUGGAGAAAACGCGUAAAAGGUUCGUGACACUCACAACCGCAGUCCAGUCAUGGCCAUGGUGGUGAGUGUGUGGAGAGACCCGCAGGAAGAACUGGCACCAGGGGGAUCCCUGGAUGAACACAUCGGACCGGGGAGAGACCACCACCAUAACCAGCAGCGCCCGGGAACAGCCUCGCAUUCUCCCAACACUGGACUCUCCUCGGCGGAGGAUAAAGGACCGAACUCGGCACAGAAUCAGCAGCACAUUGAGUGUGUGGUUUGCGGGGAUAAAUCCAGCGGGAAGCACUACGGACAGUUCACCUGUGAGGGAUGCAAAAGUUUCUUCAAGCGCAGUGUCAGGCGGAAUCUAACGUACACGUGCCGUGCCAACCGAAGCUGCCCGGUGGACCAGCACCACAGAAACCAGUGCCAGUACUGCCGGCUGAAAAAAUGUCUGAAAGUGGGCAUGAGACGCGAAGCGGUUCAGCGAGGAAGAAUGCCUCCGAAUCUGCCGACCCCGGGCCAUUACGCACUGACCAAUGGAGAUCCCCUGAAUGGCCAGUAUUAUCUAUCCGGAUACAUCUCUCUCCUGCUUCGGGCUGAGCCAUAUCCAACAUCCAGAUAUGGAAACCAGUGCAUGCAAUCCGGUAACAUCAUCGGCAUAGAGAACAUCUGCGAGCUGGCGGCCCGUUUGCUCUUCAGUGCGGUGGAAUGGGCCAGGAACAUCCCUUUCUUUCCUGAUCUCCAAAUCACGGAUCAGGUGUCUCUGCUUAGACUCACCUGGAGUGAACUUUUCGUUUUAAACGCUGCGCAAUGCUCCAUGCCUCUCCACGUGGCUCCACUCCUCGCCGCCGCCGGUCUUCACGCGUCCCCGAUGUCCGCGGACCGGGUCGUGGCCUUCAUGGAUCACAUCCGAUUCUUCCAGGAGCAGGUGGAGAAACUGAAGGCCCUGCAGGUGGACUCGGCCGAAUACAGCUGUGCCAAAGCUAUAGUGCUCUUCACAUCAGAUGCCUGCGGCCUUUCGGACGUACCGCACAUUGAAGGCCUUCAGGAGAAAUCUCAGUGCGCGUUAGAGGAGUAUGUGAGGGGUCAGUACCCGAACCAGCCCACUCGCUUCGGCAAGCUGCUGCUGAGACUCCCGGCGCUCCGUAUGGUCUCCUCCUCCAUCAUAGAGCAGCUUUUCUUCAUUCGACUGGUGGGUAAAACGCCCAUUGAAACGCUCAUCAGGGACAUGCUGCUAUCUGGGAGUAGUUUUAACUGGCCCUACAUGUCCAUUCAAUGAGUCAGGAAGAUGAGGAUGAGAAUGGAGACAUUUGGUGAGCAUUUAUAGACCAUAAAACGGGACAAUGCACUCGACUGAAAUCUCUUUCAAUGUCAGUUUAUAUAAACGCGCGAAAAUGUGAAGCUUCCUUUAUUCUCUCUCUCUUGAAUUCUUUCCCUAAAAAUAACUUUUCUUGCAUUUCUUCAGCAGUGUAAUUGUCCCUUUAUUAAUAUUUCAAUCAAACGCAAAAAAAAAAAAAAAAAAAAAUGUCUUAUUUUUUGUUAUUUGAAUGGGGGUUUAUUUGAUCCCAAAUAGCAGUGAAACAAAAUCGCUAUUGAUGUUGCACUCGUUUAAAAACGUUACAACGAAAUUACAAAGUUUAUUUUAACUGAGAAGCGCAGAAAAUUGAUUUACCAAUCAUUUAUUUUAUCAUAUUUAUUUUUCUGCCCAUAAACGUACACUAAAUGAGCUGAACAAUCAACCACAGCACUUACGGUUUUUCAUUUCUGAGGUUCGAAAAAUACACGUUUUUGGUGUAUUUUACAACUUUUUCUCAGUUGAAAAUGUGACACUUGCCUAACAUCAAAGUCAUGAUUAUUUGAGCUGUUUUGGGAGGGCAAUGAGGGGGCUGAUGGAUUUGAUGUACAGUGCAACAUUCGA